CAGGCUGGAACCACCAUUAAGUUCAAGUCCACCUAUAGAUCUAAGGCCCGCCCAUUUCUCGUUAUCAUCAGAAUGGAUCAGGUGGAACAACGUAACAUUGUUAUCAUCGGCGGUGGAAUCAUUGGAUGCAGCAUUGCUUACUACUUGUCCAGACACCCAUCAUAUUCCACCUCGACGACAAAUAUCAUAGUUCUCGAAGCUUCCGCAAACGGCGUUGCGCAAGGAGCUUCUGGAAAGGCCGGUGGAUUGGUUGCUAAAUGGGCAUAUCCCCGCGAAAUUGUAGAUAUCUCAUUUCCCGAGCACAUUAAACUCGCCGAAGAGCAUAACGGUGCCGAAAGGUGGGGCUGGAGAUUCGUUGGUUGUGGAAGUUGGGAGGGAAAGGGGGAGGCGCUUGGCGAGAGUGGAUCUGGUGUUGGGAAGGGAGGUAAUCGAAAGAGUUUGGAGAAGACACUUGGUUUCGAGGAUACUGCACUCGCAAGCAGAGCGGACAAGGGGCUGCCUGACGACUUGACUUGGGUUAAGGAUGAAUUAACCACAUCGUACAGCCCAAUGUCUGGUCCAGACGGAACAGCACAGGUUCAUCCAUAUUUAUUCACCACAAGCAUGCUUGACCUCGCGAAGGAGAAAGGCGUUCAAUUGGUAAAGGGAACUGCCAUUUCCGUUGAGCGGGUCGACCGUCAUGUCACUGGUGUCACUUAUCAUGAUCUGUCUAACCCUAAUCGCAUUGAAACUCUCCCUGCAACGCAUGUGGUGUUGUCUGCUGGAGCAUGGUCACCAUCCAUUAUACCAUCCCUUCCUAUUGCAGCCACCCGCGCUCAUAGCGUUACCAUCCACCCCAAGGCUAACGUCACGAUAUCGCCCUACGUGUUAUUCACGGAAAUCCUGCUUUCGCAUUCUCACGUCUCUCCUGAAAUAUACGCACGUCCAGACAACGAAGUAUACGCGUGUGGACCAGGGGAUGAUUCAAUAUUACCUGCCAACGUAGAUGACGUCGAAGUCGAUCUAGCGGCCUGUCAAAGUAUAACGAACCAUAUUGCCAGCAUCUCCCAGGAGCUGAGAGAGGGAACAGUCGAUAAGCGCCAAGCGUGCUUCUUGCCAGUGGUACGUACCGGUGGGGGCCCCAUCAUUGGGGAAGCAGACAAUAUUGCCAAAGGCUUAUACAUCGCAACCGGCCAUACCUGCUGGGGCAUUUGCAAUGCGCCCGGGACAGGCAAGGUAAUCGCGGAACUCAUCAUGGGGAGGAAGACUCGCUCGCGGAAUUUGACGAAAUUGGCACCGUCGAGGUUUUUGUGAGGGGAAUCCCAAGGAUUUGGUCAUGCACUCCAAGCAAUCAAAGUGGUGUUCACUAUUCGGAAACCAUGAUGCCAUCGAGGAAAGGUACUUAUUACUGGCACCGUCAAGGGGAAUCCCCAAGCAACCAGGGCGGUGUCUACUAUUCGGAACCAAGGGAGUAGCGUCAAUACGUUAUUCUUGGCGAAAAAGUGUGCCGCCU